AUGUGGCGAAUCGGCCUCAUGGUCAUGUUUAUCUGGGUUUUUGUCGCAAUGUGUGUGGGAAGUUACAUCCUCGGCAAAAAAAGGCGUCGAGAAGAGGAAAAUGAGAAGGUCGAUAUUACUGGCUUGAAUGCAAGGCAUCGGCUGAGAUCAUUCGGACACAAGAUUCCGUAUGCUCAACGGCAGAUAUCUAAACAGGAUAGAGCAUAUCGAAGGUAUAGACGAGCAUUACUCAAAAAAUUGACCAAAAAGAAAGGGGAGUGGUUGAGAAAACGGGCGGAAGCUCAGAAGAAUACUGCUCAUAGUGAGGAAUUGAGGAAAGCAUUGGAGAAGGAGCUGAAAAGAAAGGAAGCGAAGUCUCGGAAGCUUGAACAUUUACAGACUCCGAUUCCUUGGGACAAUUACGAUGAUCCUCCCGCAGUUACAAUGGGCAAUGAUAGGGACGAAUUCGACACAAGAAUUCCUAUGCCACGGGACCGCCGUCAAACCACCGUCGACAGGGCUCGACGACAGUCUGUUUUCAUUCAACAGGAGGACCAGAUGAAGGAUGCUCGAAGACGUUCAUCCAUGGGCCUACCUCCGGCUGACCUGGCCAAACCUAAGGUCAAAAGUACAGGACACGAGGAUGGUGACGAGGAUGGUAAUGAAAACGAGGACGAGAACAAAGCCCCAACAAUCAAAGAUUUGGAAUCGUCUCAGUGGAAGGUGAUGGAUGAUCAAAUACCCCCACCAUGGCAAUGGAUUUUGGAAGCCGAUCCCUGGCUUCGGAACGUACUUCGGAAAGCUGAAGUCGUAAAUGGGCUAUAUCACUACGCAGCACCGCCACCCUACCCGCCCCCAGGAUUCCUCGAAGAAGUGGUUGAACGAGCGAGCAACCAACCUAACAGAGCAAUAACAAAGAAAAAGGCCCAAGCGGUUCCGUGGGGAGAAAUGCGCGGCCGUCACGCAUUUAUGCCUGAUACGCCUGAUUUUGCAGAGUACGAACACCCAUGGGAUGAAUACGCUGGGAAUAUCGACGUGGUAAUGCGCCCUCUAAAUCUCAAAGAGCUUCUCUGGAAGAAUGAGGCUACCCGGUUACAAAGGGGAAGACUUAUAUACUACGACGACCAAUGGAAGGAGGUUGCUGCCCGUAAAGGCUAUGAUGUGCCAAUUAUAAGAUCUCAUAAAAAGGGAGCGAAGCCGGGUCGGAAAAUACAAGGCGGACAACUACCAAGCCGGCCCAUGGAAAGAGGCCCGGGUGGGUUGUACUUACCUGACGAACAGACAUUCCGGGAGAUAGGUGAACAUGAAGAAGCCCCAGUUAGCCCCACGACCGAAAUACCGGGCGUAACACCAGUACUUAAUGUCGAGCCACCAGGAGGUGGAAUCACUGCUGAGGAGAGUCAAAGACAAGAAAACAAAACUCCAUGGAAGAGGCGAUUUGGACAGAUGACAAAACUGUUUGGUUAA